UAAAUAUAUAUAAAAAUAUAAUAGCAAAUGAGAAUAUUAAGCUGUUACGUGAAGCUUGGUCACACUCAGCGCACAGGGUGUUUCCACUGACUAUACUAAAAUGCCGGGUGAGCGUGCUUGGCGAAAGUUGUUAAAGAAAGAGCAAAGAAAGCGCCGUCGACAGAAAUAUGCACGUGAGAAUGAAAAACAACAAGAAGGAGAUCCCGAGUAUCAGCAAUGGCUAAAGCAGCAAAUGGAACUGGAAGAAUUCCAACGACUAGCAGACGAACGCUUACAGCAGGAUGAGGAAAUAGCGUGGUUGCGUCGCGAGGCACUCGCACAACGUCAGUUCCACUUAGACUCGGCUCAGCUGCGCCAGCAAGAGAUGGAAGCCGAACGCUUGCGAGCCCGUCAAUCCGAAGAGUUGGCUGCAUUGCAGCAUGAGCAGCAUCGGCGGCGAGAAGAGCGAGAAAGACUGGCCACUGAGGCAGCUGCGGAGUUCGAAGCAAUGAUGCAACGCAUGCAGGAAUAUAUGGAUAACGCAGAGCAGCACACUCCUCCCUCUGAAUUACGACGUGUGGUUGAAACGCAUCCCGAGGAGCGUUUAUGCGAAUUCUUUACGCGUACUAAUUGCUGUCGCUUUGGUCAGGCGUGCACCUUUAAUCACCGUCGUCCGAUGCUAUCAAAAAUCAUUUUGAUUCGCCACUUCUUUAUACAUCCAUUGCUGCAAGUUGCAGACACAAAAACUGAGUAUGCCAAGUCUGAUGAGCACUUGGAGUUAACAGAUCAUGACUUGCGUGUCGACUACGAUGAGUUUUUCAAGGACGUUGUUGGGGAACUGGAAAAGUUUGGCAAAAUUGUCAAUUUUCGUGCUGUGCGCAAUACACUACCCCAUCUUCGGGGCAAUGUUUUUGUCGAGUACGCUCAGGAGCGCUUUGCAUUGCGCGCAUUUGUCAAUCUGCAGAGUCGUUACUAUGCCUCCAGGCGGCUUAAUGUUGAAUUCUCCAAUUUGAACGCUUGGCGUGGCGCUAUUUGCGGUUUGUCCUUAACACGCAAAUGUCCUAAGGGUUACAGCUGUGGGUAUCUCCACUUAUUUCGCAAUCCCAACAAUGUCUUCAAUGUCAACUUGGAGACACAUAUCACUCCAAGCAGUGUGCGAUCCCAUAGUAAUACGCCCAGAUCCAGAGCACCUAGCUGGAAUGAUGAUGAGAAGGAAUCUCGUAACUGGCGUUGGUCAGAGAGUCCCGAGUUGGAGCUAACAAAUUCUAAAUCAAAAAUGAAUAGAUCACAUCGGAGUAGCGAACGUCGCUCUAGAUCCAGAGAAGAUGACAAGAAUAAUGGUCAAAAAUCAUAUUCCAGUCGAGAUUAUCAAGCGCGAAGUAAUAAUCGAAGUAGCUCCCAUAAAUCAAAAAGCCAUAAACUUGAUAGAAGUCCCUCCCGUUCACCAGGUCGACAUCGUCAUGCUUCACGCCGUCAUAAAUAUAAUCGUAAAAUAAAUCAAGGUACGGUUUAAAUAUUUUUGUUUUUUUUCAUUUUGAUGGAUUUUUACAACAUUUUUAUUGAAUCUCUUUGUUUUGGGCGGCAAUAGAAAUUGGUGCUGAAGAGAUUUCCGUGUAAAGAGUUAGAGAGUAAAGUGAGAAUUCCAGUGAAUACUAAAUACUUAACAAUUUUAAGAUUUGUUUUUAUAUUAUUUACAUAAAUAUAAAUACAAUUCGACGUGUAAAAUUGGCAGUUUCGAAAGGAUAGUUUUGUGUGAAUUUUGAAAUUUUGCAAGUGAGGACAUUCCUCUCCCAAGUGGAGAGUGUGUGCCUGAUGUGCAUGGAAAGAUGUGUAUAUAGGUGGUAAGAUCGGUGUGUGAAAUUAUAUAAAUUCUAAAGUCUAUUUGUCUUGCAUUCGUCGUACACACACAAUUUAAACAAAAAAUUAUACAAAAAACUCAUUCAGGGAGUAUUAUAAUAAGUAGUUUUUUUUUUUUUGAUUUAAAAUUACACAAACAAUACGAAGCUUUCAGCUUGAUUAGCUGCCGGAAACAACUUAUAGACGAAUGCCGGGAUU